UCAACCGAGCCGGUAUAAAUAUGGGCGAGUUGUGUGACUCGUUCCUUUUUUUUCUACGUCUAGCUUGGGGGGUCUUCGAGCGGUGUUUGUAGAGCUGUAAAUUGCAACCAUGGGUAAGGAAAAAAUACAUAUCAACAUAGUGGUUAUUGGCCAUGUCGACUCCGGCAAGUCCACGACCACAGGGCAUCUAAUCUACAAAUGUGGAGGUAUCGACAAGAGAACCAUUGAGAAAUUUGAGAAAGAAGCAGCUGAGAUGGGCAAGGGCUCCUUCAAAUAUGCCUGGGUGCUGGACAAACUGAAGGCUGAGCGUGAGCGUGGCAUCACCAUUGACAUCUCUCUCUGGAAAUUUGAGACCAGCAAAUACUACAUCACCAUCAUUGAUGCCCCUGGACACAGAGACUUCAUCAAGAACAUGAUCACUGGUACUUCACAGGCUGACUGUGCUGUCCUGAUUGUUGCUGCUGGUGUGGGUGAAUUUGAGGCUGGUAUUUCCAAGAAUGGACAGACCCGUGAGCACGCCCUCCUGGCUUUCACCCUGGGAGUGAAGCAGCUAAUUGUUGGAGUCAACAAGAUGGAUUCCACUGAACCCCCUUACAGCCAGGCUCGCUUUGAGGAGAUCACCAAGGAAGUCAGUGCUUAUAUCAAGAAGAUUGGCUACAACCCAGCAGGUGUGGUGUUUGUCCCAAUUUCGGGAUGGCAUGGAGACAAUAUGUUGGAGCCCAGCUCAAACAUGACCUGGUUCAAGGGGUGGAAGAUUGAGCGUAAAGAAGGGGCUGCCAGUGGCACCACACUUUUGGAGGCCCUUGACUCUAUCCUGCCCCCCUCCCGCCCCACCGACAAGCCACUUCGCCUGCCCUUGCAGGACGUCUACAAGAUUGGAGGCAUUGGAACUGUACCUGUGGGUCGAGUGGAGACUGGUGUCCUUAAGCCUGGCAUGGUCGUGACCUUUGCUCCUGUCAAUGUGACCACUGAGGUCAAAUCUGUUGAGAUGCAUCACGAGUCUCUUGCUGAGGCUGUGCCUGGUGACAACGUUGGCUUCAAUGUUAAGAACGUAUCAGUUAAAGAAAUCCGCCGUGGCAACGUGGCUGGAGACAGUAAAAAUGACCCUCCCCAGCAGGCUGAUAAUUUCACAGCUCAGGUCAUCAUCCUGAACCACCCUGGUCAGAUCUCUCAGGGCUAUGCUCCUGUGCUGGACUGUCAUACUGCUCAUAUUGCCUGCAAGUUUUCUGAGCUCAAGGAGAAGAUCGACCGUCGUUCUGGCAAGAAGCUUGAGGAUAACCCCAAGAACCUCAAGUCUGGGGAUGCUGCCAUUGUCCUCAUGGUUCCAGGGAAGCCCAUGUGUGUGGAGAUGUUCUCACAGUACCCACCACUGGGUCGUUUUGCUGUGCGUGACAUGAGACAGACAGUAGCUGUUGGCGUCAUUAAGGCUGUUGACAAGAAAGCUUCCACUGGUGGCAAAGUGACCAAGUCUGCUCAGAAGGCUGCCAAAACCAAAUGAACCCCCCUAACAGACAAACCAAAAGUCAUGCUCAUGCCAACCCCUCCUGCCAUGUACCUAACCCUGAACUCACUCUUGAAGGACUGGUUAAUGCUUAUAAAAACCCAUCGUAAAAGCUUCCGCAGGAAAGGAGGAAAAUAUCUUUUUCUAAGCAUCUUGGGGGGAAAUGAUGAAAAACAAUAAAAAUAUGAUGAUUAAUUACAAAUGA